UGUGCUGUCACUCAAAAUAGGCACGUUUUCCACGCACGGGUCAAACUUUUCAGAAUUCGGUUCGAAAUUUCGUGUUAUUGCAAUAUUCAAGUUUAAACCAUGGAUGAUACUGUGUGUUAUAUAAAACCAGAGUACUUGAUUCCACGACUGCCCAAGGAAACUGAUGAAAACAAAGCUGUAACUGACACGGGAAACAAAACGGAAACACCAACACAAGAUGGACCAGCGGCAAAAAAGGCUCGUUACGACCAGAAAAAGAAAAAUCGCGGUCAAAACAAAAAUCGCCAACUACCGUUCAAAGUCAAAGACGAUGCUAGACUGUGCAAGACAUUACUGGAUGGACUCACUACCGGCGAAAAUAAAUGUACCAACGAUCGUUGUCGUUUUUCACACGAUCUGGAACGAUUUGCACAGUUGAAACCAAAGGACAUUGGUGACAGCUGUUAUAUUUACUCAAUGAAGGGCUACUGCAAUUUCGGAGUAUCAUGUAGAUUUGCCGGUGCCCAUCUAGACGAAAAAUUUACCAAUAAGAUAAAGGAAGGAGUUAAGCGGGACGAUACUAAUUUGGUUAGUAUGUGUUUGAGCUUUGAUCUGCAGAACAAGCUUCGUAAAAGAACUUAUGAUUUUACUAAAUCGGAUCAAAUCGUAGACAAGUUUGAAACCUUGCAGAAGGAAACAAAAGAAGAAAAGUUAAAAUUAACUAAUGGAACACCGGAACCUACGCGAAUAGGACCUUGUACUGACGAAGAUCUAAUCAAACUGCGAGACGAAGAAAGAAAGAAGAUAAAUUUCAAAGACAAACUCUACCUCAGCCCAUUGACAACUGUCGGCAACCUACCGUUUAGAAGAAUUUGCAAAGAAUAUGGGGUUGAUAUUACAUGCGGUGAAAUGGCGUGUGCUGUUCCAAUCAUUGGUGGGAUGCCCCAAGAAUGGGCACUGACUAAGCGUCACUCGUCCGAAGAUUUGUUUGGAGUCCAACUUUGUGGGCGCAGUUCAAAACUGGUUACAUAUGCCGCUCAAGUGAUCGCAGAAGUUGCCGACGUAGAUUUUGUUGAUCUUAAUCUCGGUUGCCCAAUUGAUUUGAUAUUUCGGGAAGGCGGAGGAAGCGCUUUACUUCGCCGACAAUCGGUGUUAGAGGUGAUGAUUCAAAGUUGCUCCCGUGUGUUGGCCGACUACGGGAAAGAGUUUACAGUCAAAACCAGAGUUGGGAUUUACGAUAACAAGAAGGUGGCGCAUGAGCUUAUUCCUAAGUUUGAGCAAUGGGGUGCCAGUCUAGUCACUGUGCACGGUAGAUCCAAAGAGCAACGCUAUACGAAACGCGCGGAUUGGGAGUAUAUUCAAAAUUGUGCUCAACAAGCAAAAACUAUCCCUAUUUAUGGAAAUGGAGACCUACUCAGCUAUCAAGAUUAUAACGAUGCUAGAACUCAGGCUCCUGAGCUUUCAGGUGUGAUGAUCGGUAGAGGUGCUCUGAUUAAACCAUGGCUGUUUCGAGAAAUCAAAGAGCAAAAGCCUCUUGACCCAUCCAGUAGUGAGCGAAUGGAAAUGCUAAAACGUUACAUUAACUACGGACUAGAACAUUGGGGUAGUGACACCAAAGGCGUGGAAAACACUAGAAGAUUCUUUUUGGAAUGGCAGUCGUUUUUGUACCGAUAUGUUCCAUACGGUCUAUUGGAAAGACCUCCACAGAAGAUCAACCAGCGCCCAGAAGCGUUCCAGGGUCGGGACGAUUUGGAAACUUUAAUGGCUUCUUCCAACUGUUCCGAUUGGGUGAAACUGAGUGAAAUGCUACUUGGUCCAGUACCCGAAGGAUUUCAUUUUGUGCCUAAACAUAAGGCAAAUGCGUACUGAUGAAGGCAACACGACGAUAGAUCGGUAGUUAAAUAUUUGAAAAAUAUACAAAUACGUUUAAUUGUUGAAAAAAGUUUACUUUAUUUCG